UAAAACAUCUGGCUACAUCGUUGUUAUUUAACUCCUCUUAGAAACAUCUGAUUUUAUUUAUUAAAACUUAAUUUAAAAGAGGAAAUGUUUACAAUAAGAACAGUACUGCCCCGUGGGGCGCAGUUUGCUGCGUGCCUUGGCAGCGCAACCCGACAAAUCCACCUGUCAGGAAGAACCAGAUACAUCGCCGGCUCCUAUGGAGCACUACAAAAACAACAUCAUCAGCUGCAACAGGAAAAGUUUCCAAGCAGGUGGCUCGCCACCCAGUCCACUAAAGAUGGAUCGGAGAAUGAACUGCAGCGCAUAUAUUACGGAACAUUGGCUCCCCGCAUGAAGCUCGUCAAGUUUUUUUCGCUGAGCACGAGUCUAGCCGGCUUGGCUGCCCAACCGAUCCUCAUGGAGCAGGGAAUGAAAAUUGGCGGUACGGGAAUGGCGGUUUUCCUCUGUUCGGUUGGAGGCUUCUUCACUUUUGUAACACCUCUGCUCCUGCACUUUAUUACCAAAAAGUAUGUGACUGAGCUGCACUACAAUCCACAAACGGAGGAAUACACGGCCACCACGAUCUCACUUCUCUUGCAGAAAAUAAAGACGACAUUUCGAACCAGUGACGUUGUGGUGCCAGAGGUCCCCGGCAUGUUCACUUCCUUUUUGGUCAAUAAGCGGCCUUUAUUUGUGGAUCCCGCAUUGUUCGAUGAUCCUGAACACUAUGUGAAAAUCAUGGGAUAUGAUAAACCUAUUGAUUUCAAGCUGGAUUCAAGUGUCAGGGAGGAUAAGUCAACGAAAAGCAAGGAGCAGCAAUAAAUGGUGUUUACCAAAAGCAA